AUGUAUGCUGCAGAGUUCACCACAAAUGCUGACCAGCACUAUUGCGAGUAUGCCAACUGUUUUAGCGGUCAUCCUGGCACUGUACCUGCUAUCACCUAUAUUGAGCACAAAGAUCCGAGCAAGCCCGGUAAAUGGCUUUGUGAAAAAUGCAGCCAAUACCAGCGCUCCAAGUUCACUACCAAGAAAAUGAGUGAUGCAGUAAUUCCAAAUACCCCGAAGCAUGGUUUUGGCCAGUCUGAAUAUGAUGGUGCUACAGUUCACAAGCAGACUGCAGAGGCGCAGCGUGGAAUGGGGCUUAGUGUAUCAUGUGGGAUGCCUCCACCUGCAUUCAUCCCAGGUCCUGUUCACCCGAGGCGCGCCUCAGCAAAUCAUCAAUUUAUUCCUUUACCCAACUGGCCUGCAGCUCCUGGCCCCUCAGACAUCCGCCGUGCAAAUCCAUUAGGGCCCAACAUAUCUAUUUAUGGUCGGGACACUCAGUUUAUUGCCUAUGCUUCGAGUGUUCCUGAAGUGGUAUGCGUCAAGGCAUACCUUGCAGUGAUGAUUCCACGGGCUAAAAAACCAACUCUAAUAUCUGAUAUAGUUGAGUUGAUCAGCAACAUCCCUUACCGUAUUGGUGCCAAUGACCUUAAAACUUCGGUGUACCUCACCCUACUUCCCAUGUUCAUCAAGUGGUCCAUGGGUCUUACUUUUAUGUUUGAAGAGGCACAUUUGCAUCUUGUUAGUAGUUUCGAGGAGAUUCUUCCCCGUCCAUCUGGAGAAGACAUCAAUGCCAUAGCAUCCCACUUCCUCAAGACCAGGAACACAAAGCAGCAGUUCAACACUGGCAAGGGGAUCGAACUUCACCUCAUUAUUCCACAUACAAAGUUCCUUGCCACUGAGCAAAGGCGAAAUGCAUACAUCAACCAGGAUACACCUCAUGCAACAGUGGCAAGUUCAUCUGACAUCCAACAUCUUUCAAAUCCUGCAUUAGUACUAUCUGCGGUGUCCCCAUCAAAAAUUUUGCAAAAUGGCGUCCAAUGUUUGCCUCACCCUGUCAAGCGCAAAUUAUCAUUGCAACAUUCACCUGUCUCAGACGGACAGCCGAGUGUGACAAUGUACCAUUGGGAACGGGCCAUCCCAUGUGGGCCCAUGGACAUAAUUGUACCAUGA